AUCAUAUGAUUGUCAAAUAGUCAAAAUGUUUUUUAAUAAUAAUGAUUGUCAGCUGAAUUUAAAACAAACAAAUUGUUUUGAUUUUUAUCAAGCUCUUUUUUUUUUGUCAUUUAGAGCACUUGAUAUUGAUUGAAAUUUCAUUGGAGCUCUAUUUUUAAAAUCAUGAGAGCUUUAUUUUUGAAAAUUGAAUUGUUUACAGGAAUGGAAUUUCCAUCUACGUGUUACAUUUCCAUUCUUGUCUUUGAUUAAACCUUUCUUUUUCUUCUCUCUUCUUCUUUACUCCAAACCACUUUAAACAUCAUCAUAUACAAACAGGUUUAAAUAUCCCGUUAUAGAUUCUCAAAAUAAAAAGUAGACACACAAAUGAUGACUGAAAAAAAGUAACAUUAUGCUUACAAUAUAUUUGAUAACACUUUUUUAAAUUAUUUUAUAUAAAUAAACAUUAAAUAUAUAUAUUUUUUUAAAAAUGAGCAUCAACAAAAAACAAGAUAAACAACAAAAUAUUCCUGUCAAUGAUUGUAAAAAAUCAUCAAAUUUAACAUGGUGGUAUAUUUUUGGAUUAAUUAUUGUACUUACAAUUGCAACAAGAUUUUGGAAUGUAUCACAGCCAGAUCAUGUGUGCUGGGAUGAAACACAUUUUGGAAAAAUGGGAAGUUGGUAUAUAAAUCGUACAUUUUUUUUUGAUGUACAUCCACCAUUGGGUAAAAUGUUAAUUGGUUUUUCUGGCUAUUUAACUGGUUAUGAUGGUAAAUAUCCAUUUGAAAAACCAGGUGAUAAAUAUGGUGAUACAAAUUAUAUUGGUAUGCGUUUAUUUUGUACAUUAUUGGGAUCAACAAUAGUACCACUUGCAUUUUUAAUUGUUUGGGAUUUAACAUUAUCAAUAAGAGCAUCAACUUUAUCAGCAAUAUUUGUUUUAUUUGAUAGUGGUAUGUUAACAUUAAAUAGAUAUAUAUUAUUGGAUCCUAUAUUAUUAUGUUUUAUGAUGUGUUCAACAUGGGGAAUGACACGUAUUGGAAAUUAUAAGGAUAAAGAAUUUACACCAAUUUGGUGGUUUUGGAUGAUAUUUACUGGUAUAUCAUUAUCAUGUGUUAUGGCUGUUAAAUUUGUUGGUUUAUUUGUUGUAAUAUUAGUUGGUUUUUAUACAAUAUAUGAACUAUGGAGAGAACUUGGUGAUUUAACAAAACCAUUUAUAAAUGUUGUUAAACAAUUAUUUGCAAGAGCAUUAUGUUUAAUAAUAAUACCAAGUUUAUUUUAUAUAUUAUUUUUUUAUAUUCAUCUUCAAGUAUUAAAUAAAAGUGGUAGUGGUGAUGGUUUUUUUAGCUCAGAAUAUCAAUCAUUAUUUGAGGGUAAUUCAUUAUAUAAUUCAUCAAUGCCAAGAGAUCUUGCAUAUGGUGCUAAAAUAACAAUUAAAAAUCAUCGUGCUGGUGGUGGUUAUUUACAUUCACAUUGGCAUUUAUAUCCUGAAGGUAUUGGUGCUAGACAACAACAAAUAACAACAUAUUCACAUAAAGAUGAAAAUAAUUUAUGGCUUGUUAAAAAAUUUGAUACAAAUAUUAUACCAGAUAAACCAGAAUUUAUAAAAAGUGGUGAUUUAAUACGUCUUGAGCAUAUUAUUACAAAACGUAAUUUACAUUCACACAAAGAACCAGCACCAGUUACUAAAAAACAUUAUCAAGUUACUGGUUAUGGUGAAAAUGGUACUGGUGAUGCAAAUGAUGUAUGGAAAAUUGUUAUUGAAAAUGGUAAUGAUGGUGAUAUUAUUAGAACAGUUACAACAAAAUUUAAAUUAUUUCAUUAUUUACAACAUUGUGUAUUGGUAUCAACAAAAAUACUACCAAAAUGGGCAUUUGAUCAACAAGAAGUAUCAUGUGAUCCAAAUAUAAGAUCAAAAUCAAAUUUAUGGAAUAUUGAAACAAAUAAUCAUGAUAAAUUACCAAAUAUUAGUUUACAUGUUUAUGCACCAAGUUUUAUAUCAAGAUUUAUUGAAUCACAUAAUGUUAUGUUACAAGGUAAUUCACAACUUAAAAUUAAAGAAGGUGAAGUUACAUCACGUCCAUGGCAAUGGCCAAUUAAUUAUCGUGGACAAUAUUUUUCUGGUAGUCCUAAAAAAAUUUAUUUACUUGGUAAUCCAAUUAUAUGGUGGAAUAAUAUUAUAUUUAUUAUUAUAUUUUUAAUUAUAUAUAUUUAUACAUCAGUACAAAAAAAACGUUGCAAUAAUAAUCAAGAUAAUUUAAUCAUUAUUAAAGAUAAAUUUCGUAAUAAUGGAGGAUGGUUAUUUAUUGCUUGGUUACUUCAUUAUUUACCAUUUUGGUGUAUGACACGUAUUUUAUAUUUUCAUCAUUAUUUUCCAGCAUUGAUAUACAAUACAAUGCUUACAAGUAUUACCAUUAAUUUUAUCAUGGAUUAUAUUGAUGUUAAAUUUAAAUCUACAACUGCUAAUACAAUUAAUCAAAUUAUAUUUGGUUUUAUCAUAUCAACAAUUGUCUACAGCUUUUAUCUUUUUGCACCGCUGACAUAUGGCUUUGAUGGACCAACAGCUAAUUCACCAAACAGUACUAUGUACGGUUUAAAGUGGAUGGAUUCAUGGGAAUUUUAAAUGAUCAUUAAUUAUUAAAAUAAAAAUUUAUUUUAUUUAUAUUUUUAUACCAAGUUUAAUAAAUAUAUAUAGAGUAAUUUAUUAAUACAAAUUAUUCAAAUAAAAAUUAAUUUAUUUAAAAAAAAAAAAUAAAU